AUGGGUUGUUCAUGCAGCCUUUGCUGCCUCUCCGGGGAGUGUAGCAGAGGAGCUCCGAUAGGGCAACGACAGAGAGUGCACGAUACUUUUCUUGAUGGGGGUGCAAGAGGAAACCCGGGUCCCGGGGGAGCCGGCUCCACCAUUGCUGUUGGUGGAUUGGUCACCAAGCCGCUGUUCAUCAAAUGGGUGGGCAGCGUCUCACUGGCUGUCGCAGCCACGACCAACAACGUGGCCGAGUACAAGGGCCUUCUGUAUGGUCUCAGGAUAGCUCAAGCUUAUAACCUGAAUGGGCACCACGUCGUCGGGGACCAUAGGCCCUGGAGCUACUCUACCGAGGAAGUGGCAAGUGGCCAGGCAAUUCAUGAGAGGUACCUGGAGCCAUAUAUGAUGAUGCAAAGUCCUUAA